AAAAAAUAUUUCAAUUUUUUAUACAAUUAGCUACAAUGACGUCACUACUUCGGGUAGUUGCUCGCCAGCAAUGAUACCAACCGAAUCUAAAGAUUAAACGACAUUUCCAACCUAGAAAUGUCGUUUUCGCAGUAAACAAAUGUGACAAGGAUCGGGUCUGCAUUUGGUUUCAAACCGAUAAAUAAACAAGGAGCUUCAAUCAAGUUUUGUGCGAUUUGUGUAACAGUAUUCAAAUAAAAUGAGUGAUAAGUUAUAAGUGAGAACAGGAAGCAGAUUUGUAGUCUGUUGGUUCUAUUAAGUAAUCAUCAAGCUUUUAUUAUGAGCACCGUAGUAAAUCUUUCUCUGAAUGCACAAAAUGGUCAAAUUUCGACUAUAAAUUAAUUGGUUUUUACGGCAGUUUGAUAUGAGGCAAAUAAGGAUGUAUAAAUGGCAAGCAAUUAAUAAACAAUGCGUUUUGAUGUUAUUAUCCGGGCUGGCCAUAGGCUUUACUGUUGCCUAUGUAGCCCUAACUCAACAAAUCGCAUUUUCCGAUCCCCAUUCAAGUUAUGAAAUGGAUUUGCUAGCGGGACCUACAAUUGAUCCAGGUGUACAUUUAAAAAAUGAGGAAUUUCAUCUUCUGGAAGAUAGUUCAGUGGCAGACAAACUGUACAAGGACGUGAGAGUCUUGUGUUGGAUUAUGACUGGCCCCAACAAUCACGAGAAACGAGCCAGACAUGUAAAAAAUACUUGGGGCAAACGAUGUAAUAUUUUGCUGUUUAUGAGUUCCAAAGAGGAUGCGUCUCUGCCAGCAAUAGCCUUACCUGUUAAGGAAGGUCGCAAAUAUUUAUGGGGAAAAACCAAAAGGGCUUUUGAGUAUGUUUACAAGCACUAUUUUGAUAAGGCUGAUUGGUUCCUCAAAGCUGAUGAUGAUACGUAUAUGAUAUUAGAAAAUUUGAGAUACAUGCUGACGCCAUACAGUUCAAACGAAUCAAUUUAUUUUGGAUGUCGAUUCAAACCGUAUGUGAAACAAGGGUAUAUGAGUGGUGGUGCUGGCUAUGUACUAAGUAAAGAAGCCCUAAGACGGUUUGUUGAGAUUGGUUUGCGCAACGCUUCUGGUUGUUCAAAGAGUGAUAAUGGCGCUGAAGAUGUAGAAUUGGGCCGCUGUAUGGAAGCUGUACAAGUAAUAGCCGGAGAUUCCCGAGAUUCGAUGGGACGUGGGAGAUUUUUUCCUUUCGUUCCCGAACAUCACCUAAUUCCGGGCCACGUAUCAAAAAACUUCUGGUACUGGCAGUAUAUUUUCUACGAAAAUAAAGAGGGCAUGGAAUGCUGCUCAGAUAAUGCGGUCUCGUUUCACUACGUCUCGCCAAAUCAAAUGUACGUUUUAGAGUAUUUGAUUUACCAUUUAAGACCUUAUGGAAUCUCAUUUCAUGUGGAUUUACCGAACGACCAAGUCAAAAAGAUUUCUCAGUAAUAGUGAUAUAGUAAGGUAAGUAAUUAUCAUCAGUAUUGCCUUUUGUAGAUAUAGAAAAUAUUUUUGUCAGUGUAAACUGAUGUUUGAUACAUACUCAAAUUAUGGUUCCGAUUGUAUGAUUUCAAGGAAUAAUCAUUUUUUUUAUUUCAAAGUUGUGGCCGAUAACUUGAGAUAAAAAACGGCUUAAAGAAAAUAUUGCCAUAAAUUUGACUAAAACUUCUCCCUAUAUGUAUGUGUUUUUCUAUCCAAGUAGGAAAUUGCAAAAUUAAGAAGAAAUGAAUCAUUAUUCGAGUGGCUGCAACUGUAAUUUUUUACAUAAAAUUUCAAAUAUAUGAAAAACGGUUAGACUUACGUAUAGGAUGUUAUACAUACAAUAUAAAUAUAAAUUAAAGCAGAAUUUAAAAUGUAAUAAUAUAUAGGGUUGUUGUAUGUUCCAUUUAAGUGUGACCAUCUUGAAAAUAUUUUAGGCCGUUUGCCCCCAAUGACUUUUUAAUUACUAGUUACAGUUUGCCAGAUGUUCAAAGUAACUAACUCUAAAUAUUCUGAUUUCUAAAGCAAUCUAACAUUCAAAAAUUUGAAUGUUAGUUAAUUUAUUUGCUUAUUAUGAGACUAUUAUGAUGCAAGUUAUAGAUACGGUCUCAAUUGCGUUAGAUACAAAUUCGUUUCAACGAUUCGAUUUUAUAAAUUAAUCCAUGUUAAAAACGUGGUUUGAGAAAUUAAAUUUUACUCAUUUAUCAUCAUAUGGU